AUGAAAUAGAUAGCAAUUGAUUAAAUAGAUGAUAAACUUAUGUCCUAAUCAAGUGAUACAAAAAAGAAAAUUCCUGCUUUGAGAUGCUUUAAUCAUAUUAAUCAACUCUUGCAUCUGUGGAAACUUUCAGUUUAUAUGGUUUACUUCAUAUUUGUAUCCUUUUUCAAGUGCAGUAAUCUCUUCAAUUUCAUGUCAUCUCUUAUUCUGAACGUUUUAAAUCACUAAAUUAAGAUCAUAAUACUUAUGGCUUUGAUUGGUCACCUGGAUAUUAUCUUGCAGUAGUGA